CUUUGUUUCUUUAAAAGGAAGACUUCAGAUGGGCAUCAGCAGUGCAGCAUCAGACUGCGAUCGAAGGCCUCACACACUGAAGGAUGGACUCAGGAAGGACGUUCUGGUUUCAGGCGGGCUGGCUGGUGGUGAGCCUUCUGUCUGCCUGCUGCGGCCUCCCAACCGAACCAAAGGAUGGGUACAGCGGAGACGUUCAGGACAUCUACGAUAGUCUGUGGACUGACAACGAGGACAUGGCCAAGCAGACGCUGUCGGUGCCAUUUCUGCAGCACAUGCAGUCCGGUGACCUGCAGGCCGACGACUACGUCAGCUUCAUGCUCCAAGACAUCUACUACCUGCUGAACGUGACAGACAUGCUGAAGCAGAUGGCGCAGAAGGUCAAGAAACCCGACGACCUCAGGUUCUUCAUGGAGAACAGAUACCAGAGUUACAAAAAGUUUGCAGAUCUGAUGCUGAAGCAGUUCAACCUGAAUGCCCUACCAGACAUCAAACCCAUCCCCGCCAUGGAGAAAUACCUUGCUGAUUAUAAAACCAUCAUGGUGAAGGAGAAACCCAUUUUCUUUGCUGUGAGUCUGCUUCCCUGCUCCAGGCUCUGGAUCUGGAUUGCCAACCAGCUCCAGGAGACUUACUGCAACGCCUACUUCAUCUGGAAGAAGAACAACAUGCACGGGAACCCAGAAAAGCACUACAGGGAUCUGCUCAACAAGUACCUGACGACGCCCAGUCAGAUCAAACGGGCCAAUGAAAUAUUCCGGCAGCAAAUGCAGAACGAGAAGAACUUCUUCUACGCCUCACUGCAAGAGUAGAACCACAGUCAGUUUAGUGCAGGUGGGGGACCCAUGAAGGUCACAGGAGAAGGAGCUAAAUAUAGAAAUAUUUAAAUUAUUUACUGUUAUUAUUAAAAGAUAUGUAUGAAACUGUAUGGAUAUUUCUAAAUAAAA